GUAGUGUAGCGGACAUCAUGGAGGCUUGGCUAUUAUUUGUUUUCACUGUUUUUCUUCCAUUAUACAGUUGUUGUGCUUGUGAUGACGACAUAGUAUGCGGUGACAACGAAGUAGCAAAGCAAAACCCAAACGAUUGCAUCCCCGACUGUUGCCCCGUAGGAGAUGAUGCCCCUUGCCCCGACCCCUGCCCCCAGGGGCCUUGUCAAUGCAGCCUCAUGAGUAGUCGGGCAGAAAACGGUACAUGUAUACCGACGAGGCAAUGCCCACCGUAUCCAUGUGGAGAGAACGAGCAAUACGACCCCUGCCCAGUUUGCUCAGAAGCAUGUUCCAACGCUUCCCCUGACGGAGAGCGCUGCCGGUCGAGAUUCAAAAUCGGUAUUACUGUUAUAUGCAAACCGAAAUGUCGCUGUAUCGAUUUCUUCUGGCGGGAUGGUAACAAAAACUGCGUACCGUAUGAACAAUGUUUUUCAGCUUGACCUCGAGAAAGGAUAAGCGCUUCAAGAAGAAAGAAUAGAAACAAAUGAACUCUCAUUUGAAAAUUGAAAUAUAAUAAAUAUUUUAUCAAAUUU